AUGAAUUUGAUUCUGAAACUUCGUAGAAGUUUCCGAACACUAGUAAUCCUCCUAGCCACCUUUUGUUUGGUGAGCAUAGUCAUUUCUGCCUAUUACUUGUAUGCAGGUCACAAGCAAGAAAUUACCCUAAUUGAUACCACAGGAGGGGCGGAGUGUGAGGACCUUAAGCUUUUACCAUACAGAUCCAUGGAACUUAAAACUGCUAAGCCGAUUGAUCCAUCUAGGACUGACCCUACUGUGCUGUUGUUUGUUGAAAGCCAGUACUCUCAGCUCGGUCAGGACAUCAUAGCCAUUCUGGAGUCUAGUCGAUUUCAGUAUCAGAUGGUGAUUGCAUCCGGAAAAGGGGACAUACCUCCUCUGGCAGAUAAUGGCAAAGGGAAAUAUAUACUUGUAAUAUAUGAAAAUAUUUUGAAGUACACAUCCAUGGAUUCAUGGAAUAGAGAACUUCUGGAAAAAUACUGUGUGGAAUACAGUGUUAGCAUAAUUGGUUUUCAUAAAGCCAAUGAGAACAGCUUGUCAAGCACUAGACUCAAAGGAUUUCCAUUGCAUCUUUACAAUAAUGUAGUACUUCAAAACUGCUUUGUAAAUCCCCUGUCUCCUCUACUGCACAUUACCAAAGCCCCACGGGUUGAGAAAGGCCCGCUACCUGGUGAAGACUGGACCGUUUUCCAAUAUAAUCACUCCACUUACCAACCAGUGCUUUUAACAGAACUUCAGGCUUCCAAACCAUUCCCAGCAUCACUGCCUAAGAUUUCUCUCUAUGCUACAGUGAUUCAGGACCUGGGCCUUCAUGAUGGGAUUCAGAGAGUCCUUUUUGGAAACAACUUGAACUUUUGGUUGCAUAAACUUAUUUUUAUAGAUGCCAUCUCCUUCUUGUCAGGGAAGAUGCUCACAUUGUCCCUGGACAGGUACAUUCUUGUUGACAUUGAUGACAUCUUUGUUGGGAAGGAAGGAACAAGGAUGAAUGUAAAAGAUGUGAAGGCCAUGGGCCCGCAAGCAUUUCUGAGAAAAACAGUCGAAGAACAGAAACCUAAAGCAUCUGGCAUUUUGGAUACUGAAAAAAAAUCACACAAUUCAACUAAAGUUCUAUUUGAUGCAAUGCUGCAGCUGGAAAAUAUAACUACUGCUGUUUUUUCUGUAGUAGAUGGAUAG